AUGUUGUUACUUCUCUCACCAUUGACCUACAGUAAGGGCCCAGACACAUCUAACAACCAUUCUGUUACAGGCAAGCGAAACACGACCCGUCCCGUCUUCACCUCGUACGAGCGCGAACAGGCCAAGUCCAACUGGAGCUCCAAGUCAGCCCAGCUCAGCCGCGACUCCUUCCUGCCCUUUGGCUUCUGCAGCCUGUGCCUCGAGGACGCCCGCGAGCCCGUCGCCUGCCCGCGGGGGGACAUCUUCUGCCGCGAGUGCGCCCUGGAGAACCUCGUGGCGCAGAAGAAGGAGCUCAAGCGGGCCGAGAAGGCGCGCCAGAAUGCCGAGCGGGAGGCGGCGAGGAUACGGGCCAUUGAGGACGAGGAGGAGCGGGAGCGGGCGAUUCGCGACUUUGAGUUGACGCAGGCUGGGUUGACGACGACGAAUGGCGGCGGUACUAUAACGAGUAGCAACGCGAGCAAUCACAGCACCAAUAAGACGGGCAAAGCAACACCAACAAAUGCCGUCGUUCUUCACGCAGGGUCCAAACGAAAGUUCUCCCUCGACGCGGACGAGCUCGACCGGAUAGCAGAAAACGACAAGGCAAAGGCCAGGAAAGCCAUCGACGACGAAAAGGCCGCCAAACCGUCACUGCCCUCGUUCUGGACACCCUCGCUCACCCCCGACGUACAAAGCAGCGGGCUGGCCCCCGUUGCCAAAAAGACCAAGACGGCGCCGACGUGUCCCGCCUCUGCGGAACACGACCCUCACCCUUUCUCUCUCCAGAAGCUAUUGACCAUUGCAUUUAACGAAUCCACAGACUCGUCCACCAAGCAGUCUAUUCGGACGUGUCCCUCGUGCCUCAAGACGCUCACCAACGCCUCGAGCCCCGUCAUGGCAGAGAAAUGCGGCCACGUCCUGUGCUUCAGCUGCGUCAAGCAGUUUCUGCUCCCCUCGGAAAAGGCGCAGGCCGCCGCCAAGGAAGAAGCCGCGUCGCAUAUUGCGUGCUUUGUGUGCAGCGCCCCUGUUGCCGUCACCAGCAAGCCCGUCAAGGUCUCGAGCCCAAAGGAUCCUCUACCGACAGGGCUGGUUCGGUUAAAGUCGGAGGGGACGGGCUUUUCUGCUCGCGGCUCAAGGACCGUGGAGAAGUCGAGCGUUGCGUUUCAGUGCUGA